GCCCGACGGCGGAAACGUCGCAACAUCGGAGACGCACGAGCAAGAGCUCCCAUGCCGUGCCGGAUAGCGUGAGGGGGAUCACCAGUCAACUGCACACCCAUCGCGCGUCGUCCAAGCCUCGCUACGGCGGCGGCGGCGGUAUCACGACGUAUAUCGCGGAAGAGGCGAGUACGACUACCAACGGCGGAGGAGGAGGGGUGGGAGUGGAAGACAGCAUCGGGCACAUGUCGCUCGACCGCUCGCCCAGCCCGCAACGGGGCGGCGGGUGGAGCUCGCCCGGUCUCAACACCCCUUACGACGACACCAACGGACGCGCACGAAGUCCCGCGGGACGAAGGUACAAUGAUGCGAAUGGCGGAACAGGAGGAGGAGGAAGGGACGGAGUGACCUGGGCGAGCGCGAAAGCGAACAGUGCGCGCGUGAACGGGUAUCCGACGUACCAGAGUCAGAACCAGGGCUUCUUCGGCCGGCAUUAUAGGAAGAUCAGUCAGUCGUUACCGUACUUUGCGCAUGGCGGGCAGGAAGAGCGGUACGCGGAGAAGGAGAAGUUGGGGCGGGGGCGAGUGAGUAGUUGGGAGGCGUAUGGCGAUGGUGGUGGAGGGAUGAACUUGCUGGACCUGCCGAGACGGUUGGCGUUGCUGCUGUCGAGGAAGCGGAAGUAUGUCGCGCUGUUGUUGGUGGUGUUGUUGGCGGUGAUGGCUGUGUUUCAGAAGCCCCUACUAUACUGGUAUCGAAGGACGUCCUGGCUAGGGGGCGGCAGCAAGUUCGUCGUCAUCCUCGCCGCGAAUCAAGGCGGAGGCGUGAUGGAAUGGAAGGGUGCGCGGGAGUGGGCGAUCGAACGGGACAGUGUACGGAAUAAGAAGCGAUAUGUGGCGAACUGGGGCUACGAGUUGGACAUCGUGGACAUGUCGACGAAGAAGCGAUACGCGCAUGAGUGGAGGGAGAGCUGGGAGAAGGUCGACACGAUUCGCAAUGCGAUGAGGAAGUAUCCGAAUGCGGAGUGGUUCUGGUGGCUCGACCUCAACACCUAUAUCAUGGAGCCCUCCUACUCCCUGCAAUCCCACGUCUUCAACAACCUCGCCGCCACCACCUACCGCGACAUCAACAUCUACAACCCGCUCAACAUCCCCCACCCCCCCAACGGCACCUCCGGCGACCCGGACGCGCCCGCCUACGCCAACUACCUCGACCCCAUCACCCUCUCCCCCGUCGGCGACAACGACCCCCGCAGCAUCAACAUGGUCAUCCCCCAGGACUGCGGCGGCUUCAACCUCGGCUCCUUCUUCGUGCGCCGCAGCAGCUGGACCGACCGCUUGCUCGACAUCUGGUGGGAUCCCGUCUUCUACGAGCAACGCCACAUGGAGUGGGAGCAUAAGGAGCAAGACGCGCUGGAGUACAUCUACACCAACCAACCCUGGAUCCGGCCCCACGUCGGCUUCAUCCCGCAGCGCAUGGUCAACGCCUUCCCCGACGGCGCGUGUGGGGAGGACAAGGGCGUGCCGGAGGGCGGGUGCAAGGCGCUCCAGAUCGGGGACGAGAUGCGCGAGUGUGGGGUGGCGGGGAUCCAUUAUCAGGAGAAGGAAAGGGAUUUCGUGGUGAAUAUGGCCGGGUGUGAGUGGGGGCGGGAUUGUUGGGGGGAGAUGUAUAACUUCCGGAGACUGUCGGCGGAGUUGAACCGGGGGUGGUGGGAUCGGGCGAGGUAGUCUGGUGUGGGAGAGGAGGAUGGGCGGUGAGUGGAUUGCACAAUAUUGAAUACGUUCCAGCGUCUUGCAUAGGGGCGAGAGACGGCGCAAUGCGGAGUACCUAC